UAGUUCGGGUUUGGUGCCAUGAGACCCGAAUGAACCCGGCCGUUAACGGCUCCGAAACGCGCCGUUCUUCAUUUCCUCUUCUUCAACGUUCUAGGGUUUCUUCUUCCAAUCCCACCUCCACUCCAACAGCAGCAGAAGCAACAGGAACGAAAAGCAUGAGAAUAGCAGUAGAAGGAUGCAUGCACGGAGAGCUGGAUGACGUAUAUUCAACUCUCCUACAUCUCGAGAAGGUGGAGAAUACAAAGAUCGAUCUCCUCCUUUGCUGUGGCGACUUCCAGGCUGUUCGGAAUGAAAAUGAUUUGGAGAGCUUAAAUGUCAAACCCAAGUACCGCAGUAUGAACUCAUUCUGGAAGUACUACUCUGGACAAGAAGUAGCUCCUAUUCCCACUGUGUUCAUUGGCGGGAAUCACGAGGCAUCGAAUUACUUGUGGGAACUGUACUAUGGAGGAUGGGCAGCACCUAACAUAUAUUUCUUGGGCUUUGCUGGAGUUAUCAAAUUUGGCAACAUCCGCAUUGGUGGGCUAUCCGGAAUCUAUAAUGCACGGCACUACUCUCUAGGACAUUUUGAGAGGGCUCCUUAUAACGAGAGUGAUAUUCGGUCUAUAUAUCACGUGCGUGAGUACGAUGUGCACAAGCUCAUGCAAGUUGAGGAACCAAUCGAUAUUUUCAUUUCGCAUGAUUGGCCUGUUGGCAUCACUGACUAUGGAAACUGGAAGGAACUUGUUCGUCAAAAACCCUUUUUCGAGAAAGAGAUUCAGGAAAGAACUCUGGGAAGUAAAGCUGCUGCAGAAUUGCUGGACAAACUGAAACCACCAUACUGGUUUUCGGCUCAUCUCCACUGCAAAUUCCCAGCUAUUGUUCAACAUGGGGAAGGUGGUCCCAUUACAAAGUUCCUGGCACUUGAUAAGUGCCUUCCAGGGCGCAAAUUUUUACAGAUUCUUGAAAUUGAAUCUGGCCCGGAACCUUACGAAAUUCAGUAUGACGAAGAGUGGCUUGCUAUAACACGGAAAUUCAAUUUUAUCUUCCCUUUGACCAGAAGACCUAUGCAGUUCGGCACUCAGCACCUUGAAAACCAAGAUUACCGACAGUGGGUUAGGAAUAAGCUAAAAGCUAGAGGGGCCAAGCCUUUUGAUUUUUCAAGGACAGUCCCAUCUUACGAUCCUUUUCAGUCCGGCUUUAAUAAUUCAUCAUCAGGACAUUGUCGAAACCCCCAGACGGAAUCCCUACUGCAGUUUCUAGAACUCCCUUAUCUUCUUGAUAGCACAUCAGAAUCAAGAAUGAUAGCACAGAGUCCUACAUUACACCGGAGAGAUCCAAGUGAUGGGGUUACUGAUGAUGACCCUGAAUAUAUUGCUCUCGAUGAUGUGGAUGAAAUAGAAGAACUAGCAGAAACUCGUGAUGAGGAUUCAUGAAAUGGUAUGCAUGUGGUUUAGUUCUUCUCUCAUGAGGUUACUGGAUUUUGUUCCUAUGGAAUUUUAUUGAUUUCCGUAGGUUAUCGGUCAAGUUGCUUGUAUCAAAUAUUUCUAUAUUUCUAGUUUGGCAAAACUCUCAAAAUGGGUUUGGCUC